AUGUCCUUCGCCGACCAUGAUCAAGAUGUCGAUGACAUCGCCGCAAUCGAUGAAUUGACUGCAACGUCGCCGGAUGGCUUUGCCGCCGAUCAAUUCUCCAUGAUUCCCAACGCCUCCGAGUUGCCCAUCUUUGACGCGACCGAAGCCGUCGAGGCCAUUGUCGAGGCUACCACCGAGCGUAGCACCGAGCCUCAGCUACUAAACGAAUUGAGCAAGGAGACUUCGACAGACACAACCGUGAGCGACACCAGCAGCCUGAAGCGCACCAAGCCGCACGACGAGGAUGAUGAGGGCUGGCAGACGGUCGACAGAUCGUCGAAAAGAGCGAAAAAGGCAAAGAAGAUUCCCUCAGCCAGCUCCACCAACUACCCUUCCAUUACCUUCAACUACAAUGCGAAGUUGCAAUCCAAGAUCACGCUCGAACAACUGCGCAAUCUGGUUCUGUACAUUUUUGCCGAAGGCGUGGCGCCCGCAUGGGUCGCAAUAGCGCAUCGUCCCCAAUUUCGAAAGAUUGUCGCAAUCAUGGUCCCCGGGCUGGAAGAAGCAAUGUUCAAGCAGGAUGUCGACUUUGAUACUUACAAUGACCGUUCUCCCGGUUCCGAGCAGAAGGCCCGCGUCUUGACCUCUCCGGAUGACUACUACCCCCGACUUCUCAAGAAAGACGAGCUUCCCGAGAUAUUGAAGGACUUCGCCGACAUGUUCCCCCACCUAUGGCCUGUCAAAACACCCGGCAACGACAAACAGGCCUACAUGCGGUCGCCAAUGGGUACCAUGCUCACGGCGCCCACUGAAAAGACCAAGGAGGAAAAGAACCAGCGAGGUGUCCAACCUGCGAAAGAGCCCAGAGGCUGGAAAGACGAGCGCACGAGAAUUACCGAGUUCCUCGCCAUGCCUGAAGACUUCCAGCCGAAUGGUUAUGUGUUACAUCCGGCGUGUAUACCGAUCGAGCGGCGCAAGAACUUCCAGGACCAAGAAGGCUGGGUCCACACACACGUGGAUAACCUGGAAGAUGGCGAUGUGCCAGAAGAAGAGAUCCAACAGGGAAGCAUCACCGCUGGGCGUGAAGUCCUUGCGCUUGACUGCGAGAUGUGUGUGACUGGUCCGGAGGAGUACUCUCUAACGAGGAUCAGUGUUGUCAGCUGGGAUGGAACUGUCGUCCUUGACCAGCUUGUGAAGCCCGACAAGCCCAUCAUCGACUAUGUCACCCGCUUCUCAGGCAUCACAGAGGAAAUGCUAGCCCCUGUCACAACAACCUUGAGGGAUAUACAGGCUAAACUGCUUGAGAUACUCCAUCCUCGCACUAUUCUCAUGGGACAUUCUUUAGAUUCGGACCUGAAGGCGUUGCAGAUGACACACCCGUUUAUUGUCGACACAGCCCUAACAUAUCCACACGCUCGGGGUCCUCCGUUGAAAAAUAGUCUCAAAUUCUUGGCCCAGCGUUUUCUCAAGCGCGAAAUUCAGAACCGCGCAGCUGGACACGAUUCGGUGGAGGAUGCGAAGGCUUGCUUGGAUCUUAUGAAGCAGAAAUGCGAGAAGGGUAAGGCAUGGGGAAGCCACGAGUCGCAAGGCGAGAACCUCUUCCGACGCCUGAACCGUGCGGGAACAUCUUACCGGGCGAAUGGUGGAGCCCAAGCUACAGGCGGCGCCCGUGUUGGAAAGACCAGCGCUAUGAUCGACUGGGGAGAUCCGAUGAAGGGGGCCGGUGCAGCUUCCACCUACCCAAUUGGCUGCAAGUCAGAUGAGGAGGUCCUGGAAGGUGUCUUGCGUGCCGUGAAGGGCGACCCGAACGGGGAACAAAUACCCGCCGGUGGUGUCGACUUUGUCUUUGCACGUUUCCGUGAACUCGAGGCAUUCCAAGGCUGGUGGAACUGCAAUAAAAACAGUGGUUCCUUGCAGAUUCCGGACCUGCCCGACCAGUCCGUCGAGACGUGUGUCAGGGACUUCACACAGCGCAUCAAGCGUAUCUACGACAAUCUACCGCCCUGCACUGCUUUCGUAGUGUUCAGCGGGUCGGGCGACCCUCGCGAGAUGAGUCGCCUCCAGGCCAUGCAGUCCCAGUUCAAGAAGGAGUUCAACGCGCCUGGCAGCAACUGGGAUGAGCUGACCGUUAAGUGGACGGAUGUGGAGGAACAGGCCCUCAGGAAGGCCGUCACCCUUGCACGAAAUGGUAUUGGGUUCAUUGGCGUCAAGUAG